CACAGUAACAGUUGUUGUGACAAGAUCAUUCGGCGUAAUUCAUUCGUUUAUUGCAAUUAUUUGUGCAAUAAUUUAACAAAAACGCUACAAAAUGGGUAAGGGCUUUAACAACUACAUGUGUAAGAAGUUUUUCCACCCCGCUUCGAGGGACAACCUGAAGCGGGUUUGGAUGGCUGAGCAAAAAGCGGAGGCUUACAAGAAGAAACAAGAGGAGCUGCGCCAACAAUACGAGAAGGAGCAGGAUUUGCACGAUAACAAGGCAAUGCUCAGUAAGGAAAGCAAAGACAAAUUGAGUAUUAAUUUCAUGUAUGAGCCCCCACCUGGAGCCCGCAAGGAACGCGAGCGUGAGGAUAACGAGCCUGAGUACAAGUUUGAGUGGCAGCGUAAAUACAACGCCCCUCGUGAAAGUUACUGUAAAGGUGAUCAGGAGAUCAGAGAUCAGCCUUUUGGGAUACAAGUGAGGAAUGUUAGGUGUAUCAAGUGUCAUAAAUGGGGGCACAUUAACACGGAUAAGGAGUGUCCUAUGUAUAGUUUGUCAACUAGUGUGGCGAGGUCGCUUGAAUCGGCUUCGAUAAUGGAUCAGAAGUCCUUAGUUGAACAAAUGAGGGAGGAUGGGCUUGCAAUUAAAAAGCAGUAUUUGAGUAAUACAGGAACUGCUAAUUAUGAUUUAAUUAUUAAUGAGGAUGCUGAUGAGAACUCAGUUGUGACCUUUAUCAAGUCGUUGACGAAAAAGCAAAAGAAGGCGUUGUUGAAGAAGUUGGAGAAGAUUGAAAAGGGGGGUAAGGAUAAGAAGAAUAAGAAAAGACGAGAUUCAGAUGAGACAUCGUCAGAUGAAGAGAGGAAGAAAUCAGGGAAGAAGAAAUUCAGAAGGAGGAAUCACAGUACAAGCUCUGAGGAAGAAUCCGAAGAUGAUAAAAAGAAACACAAGAAGAAGGAAAAACCAUCAGAGUUUAAAUUAAUGUCUAAAGAAGAGAAAAAGGCAUUGAUUAAGAAACUAGAAAUUGUGGAGAAAGAGAUCAGUAAAAGAAAUGAAAAGAAUGGAAGAAAAAACUCAGAUGAGGACAAGUCAAACAGAGAUAAGAAACAUUCACGACAUAACGAUGAUGAUUACAGACGAGACAGAAAGCGAAAGUCUGAUGAUUUUCAUUAUGAAAAUAGUAAAAGAAGGCGGUCUUAAGUUUUUGGUUUUUAUCUUGGAUAAUUGUUUAGAUUAGAAUUGUUGUGAUUAUAGGGAUUAUCAAGAAACACACUUGUAAUAAUUUAAUAGACAUGUAAAAGAUUUUUUUUUUAAUAAUAAAAAUAUUUAUUAAGGA